AUGGCUCCUCCUCCUAUUGCUGAAGGAGUUGGUAGACUGGGCACGGACAGGAAAGCAGGAGCUCAUGCUGGGGACUGUGUUGAGAGUGGGUGGUGGUGGCCGGAAGACAACAAGGCAAAGAAAAUUGUCUGGGUGGAAGCCAACAUUGCCAUUAUGUACAAAAGGAUUGGCCGUUUGUUGACCAAUGGUUGGUGGGCGCUGGGAAUGGUGACAGCAUUGUGGAUGCUUGUGACAAUAGUAUGGAGAUCAGCAGAAGCCAUGGGUGUGGGUGAGCGAGAUGAGGUCCAGGAGGUGCCAUGGUCAAGGGCAUGGGCAAGAGACUAUGGUCUUGGUAUGGAAACUGCAGUGAGGGGGAAGGAGCCAGGACUGGGGGCAUCAGCUCAAAUGGACAUGUUCUAUAUGGGUGUGACAAGAGAAUGCUCUCAGCUGGCAUCUAUGGAUCCUGAUGCAUUGGUACCAAUGAAGGCAAAGGCCCUGCCCGUGCCUUUUUGGGCUGCCUGGGUAGCUUGGUUACUUUUGGCGGACAUUCAAAGCUGUAAGUCGAGCAUUAGCACCAUCCUCAAUACGAGUGGGACAAACUCAAAGAGCAGGAGGGAGAAAAUCAUUAAGGAAUUAAUAGUUAUUGUCUGUCUGUUCUACCUGAGGAAGGCAAAGGACUGGAUGUAUCAUGUUGCCAAAAGAGUAAAGCUGCAUGGCCACAAAUUCCACCCUGUAAGGGAACUGACUGUGAAGGAGGAUCUUGCGCAGAUGACCAAGCUUAAGCUAGAGUAA